AUGGGGCUGGCCGGCAGAGUGAUGGGGACGCUGGGGGUCUCGAGAGGGUCACUCCCCCCUCUCUGGAGGUUAGCGCUGCUGUGUCUUCUCUCCAUCUGGGAGGUCAAUGCACAAACCGCAGUGGACACUAAACCCCUCUACAUCUGGCAAACAGGUCCGUGGGGUCGGUGUAUGGGCAGUGAGUGCGGUCCCGGGGGUAGCCAGAGCAGAGCAGUAUGGUGUGCCCACUCUGAGGGUUGGACCACUCUGCACACCAACUGUGACCAGGCUGAGCGGCCGGACAACCAGCAGAGCUGCUUCAGAGUGUGCGACUGGCACAAGGAUCUGUACGACUGGCAGCUGGGUGCCUGGAACCAGUGUGUCCCGGUGUCGAUGCGCAGUGCCGGGGUGCAGCGCCCGGCCGUGUGCACCCGAGGGGAAGAGGGUAUCCAGACCCGCGAGGUGGGCUGCGUCCAGAAAGUAAAUGGCGAGCCUGCAGAGGAUGCCAUCUGCGAGUACUUUGAGCCUAAACCACGCCUAGAGCAGGCCUGUCUUAUCCCCUGUCCCCGGGACUGUGUGGUGUCCGAGUUCAGCCCGUGGACUUCCUGUUCUAAAAGCUGCGGGACGGGACUGCAGAACCGGAUCCGCUUUGUUCUGGCUCCACCACUGUUUGGUGGUGCAGCCUGUCCAAAUCUGACCGAGUUUCAGACAUGCCAACCUGGGCCUUGUGAAGGCGAGGAAAGCCUCUACAGCCUCAGGGUAGGGUCGUGGGGACCCUGUUCUGUCCCCUUGCCGCGCCAAGCCAGACAAAAGAGGGAGAAAAUCAGGGAGAAGGUCAGGGAGAGAUUGAGGGAAAGAGGGAAAGUGAAAGAUCCAGAGACCAGGGAACUAAUAAAGAAGAAGAGAAACAGGAACCGCCAGAACCGCCAAGGUGGAAAGUUCUGGGACAUGCAGGUCGGCUACCAGACCAGAGAGGUGACCUGUGUUCAUAAAAGUGGGAAUGCCGAAGCUCUCAGUCUUUGCUCUCAGGAGAGUUUGCCGGUGACCUACCAGGCCUGUGUCAUGACCAAAGACUGUGACGUGACCGAGUGGGCUGAGUGGUCCUCCUGCUCCAAGGAGUGCUACGACCUGAACGGGCCCAAGGGUGAGCGGACCCGCACCCGGCAGGUGAGCCAGUUCCCCAUCGGCGGUGGGGCAGACUGUCCUGAGCUGGAGGAGAGGGAGCCCUGCAGCCCCCAGGGAGACGGAGUGCCACCCUGUAUUGUCUACAGCUGGAAGACCACCGAGUGGACCGAGUGCAGGGUGGACAUGCUGCUGAGCCAACAGGACCGUCGGCGUGGCAACCAGACAGGCCUGUGCGGAGGCGGGAUUCAGAGCCGGGAGGUCUACUGUGUCCAGAGCAACGGCGAUACGCCAUCGAACCCCAGCGCACUCAAGAGCAAAGACGGGCUGCGACCAGUGGACAGUGACCUGUGUCUGGGCAUCCCCCCCAACACCACCCAGCUCUGCCACAUCACCUGUCCUGUGGAGUGUGAGGUGUCCUCCUGGAGCGCCUGGGGACCCUGCACUUAUGAAAACUGCCAGGAUCAGGCAGCCAAGAAAGGGUUCAAACUGAGGAAGAGGAAGAUCGUCAAUGAGCCGACGGGCGGGACGGGGAAUUGCCCCCACCUGGUGGAGGCAAUACCGUGUGAAGACCCCAGCUGCUAUGACUGGUUGCUGGUGAAACUGGAGGAGUGUGUCCCCGAUAAUGAGAAAGAGUGCGGCCCAGGAACUCAGAUCCCUCAAGUGCAGUGCGUCAACAGUGAUGGUGAAUAUGUGGAGAGACAGUUGUGUCGCGAUGCCAUCCUGCCCAUGCCAGCCAUCUGUGAGGUGCCUUGCCCAAAGGACUGUGCCCUGAGCCCCUGGACUGCCUGGUCGCUCUGCUCCCACACCUGCUCUGGGAAAAAUACAGAGGGCAGGCAGACCCGAACUCGCUCCAUCUUGGCCUACAAUGCAGGAGAAGGUGGAAUCCAGUGCCCAAACAUCAGUGCCCUGCAGGAGGUGAGGAGCUGCAACGACCACCCCUGCACUGUGUACCACUGGCAGACAGGCCCGUGGGGUCAGUGCAUAGAGGACUCCUCCAUCCCCAGCAGCAACACGUCUGUGGGCCGUGCCAGAGGCGACGACGUGUCCUGCUCAGUGGGGAUGCAGACCCGCAAAGUCAUUUGUGUGCGGGUCAACGUAGGCCAGGUGCCUCCCAAAAAGUGUCCGGAGAGCCUGCGCCCAGACACUGUUAGACCCUGCCUGCUGCCGUGCAAGAGAGACUGUAUCGUCACCCCAUACAGCGACUGGAGCCCGUGCCCAUCAUCAUGCCAAGCAGGUGCCAAUACCAAGAGGAAGCAGCAUAGGAGGCGUAUCAUGAUCCAGUUACCUGCCAAUGGGGGACAGGAGUGUCCUGAGGUGCUUACCCAGGAGAGAGAGUGUGACGGCCCGUCUGUCUGUCAAGGCUACAGAUGGAAAACCCACAAGUGGAGGCGAUGCCAGCUGGUCCCAUGGUCAGUUCGGCAGGACAGCCCUGGUGCUCAGGAGACCUGUGGGCCAGGCCUGCAGGCUCGAGCUGUUUCAUGCCGGAAGCAAGACGGUGGGCAAGCAGACAUCGGUGCCUGUCUUAAGUUUGCCAGCUCGAUGCCACCUCUCACCCAACCCUGCCAGGUGCCCUGCCAGGAGGACUGUCAGCUCAGCAGUUGGUCCAAGUUUUCCUCCUGCACAUCCGACUGUGUGGGCGUCAGGACCCGCAAGAGGGUGCUCGUGGGAAAGAGCAAAAAGCGUGACCAGUGUAAGAACAACCAGAUAUAUCCCCUGAGUGAGACCCAGUACUGCCCCUGCAACAAAUACAAUGCCCAGCCUGUGGGCAACUGGUCUGACUGCAUCCUCCCUGAGGGAGGCCGGGUGGAGGGUCAGCUGGGCAUGAAGGUCCAAGGUGACAUCAAGGAAUGUGGCCAAGGACACCGCUACCAGGCCAUGGUGUGUUAUGACCAGGACAACCGCAUGGUGGAGACUUCUCGUUGCAACAGUCAUGGGUAUAUUGAGGAGGCUUGCAUCAUUCCCUGUCCGUCUGACUGUAAGCUCAGCGAGUGGUCCAACUGGUCGCGCUGCAGCAAAUCGUGCGGCAGCGGGGUCAAAGUGCGCUCCAAGUGGCUCAGGGAAAAGCCCUACAACGGUGGGAGGCCGUGUCCCAAACUGGACCACGUCAACCAGGCCCAGGUGUAUGAGGUGGUGCCUUGCCUCAGUGACUGUGGACAGUAUGUGUGGGUAGCAGAGCCCUGGAGCGUUUGGAAGGUCAGCAAUGUGGACCUGAAGGAGAACUGUGGUGAAGGGGUUCAGACCAGGAAAGUUCGGUGUAUGCUGAACACCAUAGAUGGUCCAUCAGACCAGGUGGAGGACUACCUGUGUGAUCCAGAGGAGAUGCCUUUGGGGGCCCGGGACAGUCGGCUGCCCUGCCCUGAGGACUGUGUCUUAUCAGACUGGGGAGCCUGGAGCCCAUGCCCACUGCCGUGUAGUGGGAACAGUACUCGGGAGAGGAGUGCAUACCCAAUCCGUCAGCCUGGGGAGAGGAAGGAGUGUCCACCCACCGAAGAGACAGAGAUCUGCAAACUCAACAGCAAUUGCUUCCACUACUCCUACAACAUCACUGACUGGAGCACCUGUCAGCUGAGUGACAGAGCCGUGUGUGGAAGCGGCAUCAAAACCCGCAUGCUGGACUGUGUGCGCAGUGACGGCAAAUCUGUCGACCUCAAGUUCUGCAAAGAGCUGGGCCUGGAGAGGAAGUGGCAGAUGAAUGCCUCCUGUGUUGUGGAGUGCCCUGUCAACUGCCAGCUGUCUGACUGGUCAGCCUGGUCUGACUGCACCCAUACCUGUGGGCUUGCAGGCAAGCUGUGGCGGAGGCGGACAGUGAUCCAGGCUCCUCAGGGCGACGGGAGGCCAUGUCCGUCCCAGAUGGAGCAGUGGAAGCCCUGCCUGGUGAAGCCAUGCUAUCGCUGGCGCUACAGCGCGUGGUCUGAAUGCAAGUCUGAGGGGGCGAGGUGCGGAGAAGGCCUGCGCUUCAGGAACGUGUCCUGCUUUGUGUCGGACGGGUCGGGCCAGGCGGAGGGCAGCCUGGUGGACGACGAGCUGUGUGGAGACCUGGAGCCCUCAGUGGACGGAGACAAGCACAUCAUCCUUCAGGAAGCCUGCACUGUACCCUGUCCAGGAGAGUGCUAUCUGACAGACUGGACUGUGUGGAGCCCAUGCCAGCUGAGCUGUGUGAGUGGAGAUGAUCUGGGUUUCGGCUCGGUCCAGGUCCGAUCCAGAGCUGUUGUGGCUCAGGAACCGGAGAACCUGCUGCAGUGUCCAGAGCAGGAGCUGGAGGCCCGGCCAUGCACAGAGGGCCAGUGUUUUGAAUACAAGUGGAUGACUGGACCGUGGAGAGGCUCAUCUCGCCAGGUUUGGUGUCAGCGCUCAGAUGGACUUAAUGUCACAGGUGGAUGCCCAGCGACAGCAAAACCAAUGGCUGACCGAUCCUGUGACCCACCUUGCACAAAACCACGAUCCCUCUGCACAGAGGCUGGUGUGUGUGGGUGUGAGGAGGGCUACACAGAGGUCAUGACAUCUGAUGGUCUACUGGACCAGUGUACCGUCAUCCCAGUGCUGGAGAUCCCCACAGCGGGCGACAACAAGGCCGACGUCAAGACCAUCCGGGCCUUCAACCCCACUCAGCCCGCAGCCAGCCCACCAGGCCGAGCCGGACGCACCUGGUUCCUGCAGCCCUUCGGUCCAGAUGGCAAGCUGAAGACCUGGGUGUACGGGGUGGCAGCAGGCGCCUUUGUUCUACUUGUAUUCAUAGUCUCCAUGACAUACUUAGCAUGCAAAAAGCCAAAGAAACCCCAGCGACGACAGAUGAACAACAGACUGAAGCCACUGACCCUGGCCUAUGAUGGAGAUGCUGACAUGUAGAAGUCCUCCUGGUUCCAAACAACACACAGUCAUCCUGUUGCGGGAUAGACAGGUUACUAUGGAAACCCGUUGAUGUCAGGCUGCCAGCGGCCAUGGUUCAACCAACAUCCUGAUACCCUGGGAAGAACAUAGACUGAUUUCAAAGGAAAGA